AUGCAUCGUCAAAAAUUUUUACUUGAUUUUAUUUUCAAGUAUAAAUUUUGUCAAUCAUUUCAAAUAAGUACAUUUCAAAAUUCUUUUUACCGACCGACCUCAGAAAUUUUUUCUUUGGGUUUAUUUAAAUAUUUACAUGGGAAAAAUGAAACAAUUAAUAAAUUUAUAUUACCAUCGCCUAGAUUUAUACCAAAAUUUCAAAAUCAUAAAAAUUUUUCUAAUUUAUCUGAUGAAAGAUGUUGGAAUUGCAAACACUAUUUGGAACCAAAAAAAUUCUUGUGUUCUUCAUGCGGAGCUUUACAAAUACCUGAAAAUAAUAUGAAUUAUUAUGAAUUAUUUGGAAUUUCCCAAAUUUAUGAUAUUAAUUUAGAGGAGCUAUCAUCAAAAUUUAGAAAUUUACAAUCUUUAUUUCAUCCAGAUAAAUUUAUGAAUAAAUCAAAGAAAGAAUUAGAAAUAUCAGAAACAUAUUCAAGUCUGGUUAAUAAAGCAUAUACUAUUUUAAAAGACCCAGUUAAAAGAGGUUUUUAUUUACUCGAGUUAAGAAAUCAAUCAAUUGAAAAUUUACCUUUAGAACAAGAAUUUUUAAUGUCAAUUAUGGAAAAAAAUGAAGAAUUGGAAAAUAUUAGUAAGACUAAAUUGAAACUGUUAAAAAAAGCAAACAAUGAAGAAAUCAACAAACAAUUAAAUUUAAUUUCUGAUUCUUUUAAUUCUAAUAAAUGUAGGGAAGCCAAAUGUAAUUUAAUCAAAUUAAAUUAUUUUAUUAAUUUGCAAACAAAAAUCAAAGAAAAAGAAACUGAAAUAAAUAAUUCUGAAUAA